AUGUAUUCAUCAUCACUGACUUCGAAUAGUUCAAUUUAUUUUCAAGAUUGUUCAGGAUUAGGUCCGUAUUAUGAAGCGAUACAAAUGAAUGUCACUGUAACUGGCUAUUAUACUUUUCUAAUCAACAGCGAGAUGAAUGCCACGUAUGGUUACAUCUAUAGAAAUAAUUUCAAUGUAUUUAAUUGGCUUGAAAAUGUCCUCAUCCAUGAUGGAGACUACGAAAAUCGAGGUCAAUUUCAACUCAAAGCUUUUCUUCAAGCCAACAUGAAAUACAUUUUCGUUAUGACAACAUUUUCUCCAAGUCUAAGAGGAAACUUUUCAAUUCAAGUAUCUGGUCCAAGCUAUAUCGGUUUCAAUCGUAUUUUGAAUACUCCAUCAGUUGUUCAAACUAUUUAUAUAUCAGAAUUGACAACGAACAGUUCAACGUAUUUACUUAGUUGUUCAAGUUCAAGUUCUUCCUAUGAAGCGAUACAAGUGAAUGUUCGCAGAAGUGGUUUUUAUACUUUCUUCAGCAACAGCAAUAUGGACACAUAUGGCUCUAUUUACAAAGAUUAUUUCAAUCCAUCUGAUCCAAUGAAAAAUCGACUCUUAGAGAAUGAUCACGGCUGCGGUCAAGAUCAGUUUAGAUUCACAAUUGCUCUUGAGACUAAUGUUACGUAUAUAUUGGUUGCGACAACGUUUAAUUCUAAUAUAAUAGGUGUAUUCUCGAUCUUUGUAUCUGGACCAGAUAAUGUUGAUCUCAAGAAUAUUAUGAAUACUCCAUCAGUUGUUCAAACAACUUAUACAUCAAAACUAACAACGAAUAGUUCAACCUAUUUACUUGGUUGCUCAAGUUCAACUUCUAACUAUGAAGAGAUACAAGUAAAUGUUCGUAGAAGUGGUUUUUAUACUUUCUUCAGCAAAAGCAAUAUGGAUACAUAUGGUGUUAUUUACAAAGAUUAUUUUAAUCCAUACAAUCCAAAUGAAAAUCGACUAUUAUACGAUGCUGUCAACUGCGCACCAUAUCAGUCUAGCUUUAGAAUUGCUCUUGAAGCCGGUGUCAGAUAUAUAUUGAUUGUGACAACGUAUGACUCCAAGGCGACAGGUGAAUUCUCAAUCUUUGUAUCUGGUUCGGACGAUGUUGAUCUCAAGAAAAUUACGGCUAUUUCAUCAGUUGUUCAAACAGUUUAUGCAUCAGAACUGACAACGAAUAGUUCAACCUAUUUACUUGGUUGUUCAAGUUCAAGUUCUAACUAUGAAGCGAUACAACAACAACAAGUAAAUCAUCAUAUGCUUGUGUGA